GAUGGACCUGUUCCUGCACAUGACCUGGGAAGACUCUCGCCUGAACCUGAGCAACCUGGUGUUCAUCUCUGGGCGGGAGAACGAGAACAACUACAUCACGCUGCCGGCCUACGCCAUGGAGCACAUCUGGACUCCAGACCCCUACGUCAUCAACGCCAAGGACUCCGUUAUCACCACGCUGACAACCACCUACGCCUCCAUCACCCUGUACGACAACAAGACCAUCAGGUACUCGUCCAGGAUCUCCAGUACCAUCGCCUGCCAGAUGGUCUUCCACGACUACCCCAUGGACAUCCAGAAGUGCUUCAUGAUCAUGAGGAGCUUCAUGUACUCGCCAAACGAGGUGAAGUUCAACUGGAGGAAGUUCUCGCCGGUGAUGCUGAACAAGGAGCUCAAGUUGCUGCAGUUCUCCCUCAAGAAGCCCUUGAACAACUACGUCAGGAACGUGUCCUUUGACGAGCUCGGCCAUGGUGAGCGAGACGUGCGGCAGCUGGUGCUGGAGCUGGAGUUCUCCCGGGAGAUCGGUCACCACCUGGUGCAGACCUUCGUGCCGUCCUUCCUGGUGGUGGCGCUCUCCUGGUUCAGCUUCUGGAUGGACCUGGACGCCAUCCCGGGGCGCGUGACGCUGGUGGUCACCUCGCUCCUCACCCUCACCACACUCUUCACCGGGAUCAAGGAGGGCCUCCCGCCCGUCGCCUACGUCAAGGCCAUCGACGUGUGGAUGGCGGGGUGCAUGGUGUUCAUCUUCUCAGCGCUCGGGGAGUUCAUCAUUGUCAAGUGGCUCAACUCCAAGAACAUCUCCCACAUGGUCGGACCCGGCUUCACCCCGCCCGCCCCACCACACACGCGGCCUCCGGACGACCUGAACUUCUCCCCCCGCGUCGACCACCACAUCAAGCGGCCUCCGGACGACCUGAACUUCUCCCCCCGCGUCGACCACCACAUCAAGCGACUUACCGUCAUCUCUAGCAGCCACGGCGGCGACCCGGACACCCUCCAGCGCUCGCCUCGCUCCGUCAAGCUCACUGAGAAAGAUAGCGCCGGGGACCACCUGACGAAGGGGGUGAUUGGGCCCGGGGGCCCGCCCGUCCCGGCCUGGGCCCCCGAGCAGCCCGGGAUGGCGCCCUUCCCGCGCUUCCACGAGACGCUCUCCGGCCGACUCAGCCUCCAGUGGUUCGACCCCCAGACGGGAGAAAAGAAAAUCCUGUGGAAAGAAAUCGACAAGGCUUCGAGGGUUGUUUUCCCGCUCAUGUUCCUCUUCUUCAUGCUUAUUUACUUCCCUAUUCUUGUGUUUAGAGCCUUUUGAGGCCGGCGGUGGGCUCCAUCCUGCGCCCUCACAACAACAUGUACCGUCAAAGGAGGUUAAGAGAACUUAAAAGGUUAAAUAAUGUCUUGAACUUUCGAUCAUUUCAAUGUUUUUCUCUCUCGAACUUGUUCAGUAAAGUAUACAGAUGUGAAGCAGGUCCUCUAUUAGAAGGGAAUUUGGAAAGAUUUAGUAAUGAACUUAGGUAGGCAGUAUUCUAUAUGCUGUCAUUAUUCUCUAUAAGUGUUUACAAAGUUUUAGGCUAAGAAGUGGUUGUGUGCGUCUAAUAUCUUCGUUCUGCAGUGUGGUAUGCCAUUAUUUAAUUGGUAAACUUGUUUGAUUUUACCACAAAAACAAUAAAUCUGGCGACUACUGUUGCAUGUUCCGUUUUCUCUCGUGAGCAUUAAUAAAGAAAACUAAGAGUGUUUAUACUUUACGGUAUACUUGUCAAAUACCGACAGUAAAUUAUAAUUGUGUAAAUAUAGUUAUA